CCCCGCCCCAGCGGGCACACGGGGUAUAUUACUGUAAACACACACACACUCUCAUACUAGCUUGAAGCGGUGAGUCUCUCGGUUUCACUCGUCGUGCGUUCCGGUUGCUGCCGUUAAUAUUACAGAGCUAACCGCAUCUUGACACAUGACAUUUUAAACCCCGGUGAUAAAACCAUAACGGCUGGAUGAGUGGGCCAUUCACCUCCCCCUCUGCAGAGGCGGCUGAGAUGAACCGCAUCCACUAUGAGUUGGAGUACACAGAGGGCAUCAGCCAGCGCAUGCGAAUCCCAGAGACCCUCAAGGUGGCCUCAGAGAACCAGAUGGGGUCUCUGUCACUUCAGCAGCCCCCCCUGCUCAUUCACACAACUAUGAUGCAGGUGCCAGAGAGGAUCAUCAUAUCAGGUGAUGAUGGGGAUUCUCAAUUUUCUCGUCCGCGAGACUUGGACCUGAUUCAGUCCGUCCCUCCCAUGGACCUCCUGGACAUGAAUGCCCCUCCGCGUAUUCUCACUCUAACAGAUCACCCACUGGACUCCAUGGAAACUGAACAAACUGCCACUUCACAGAGCAACCUCAGCCAGGUGGCCCAAUUUCAUGCUCGGUCUCGGAGGGAACGCAGUGCGAGUGAGAACAUGCCUGUCCGUCACAGCGGUCAGAUUUUCAGAGGUGAUUUAAGUGUAACUCCUUCCCCUUCUGCCCCCCCAGUCCGGUUGUGUCCCCCCCUAUGUUCCCCUGAGGAUGCCAACAUCAACCUGUUUACAGCUGUGGGGUUCCUGUCUUAUAUCCAGUCAACAACACGCCGGGCGUACCAGCAGGUCCUCGAAGUGAUGGACGACACCCACCGCAGGACACACCUGGAUCUGGCCCUGGAUAUAAACCCUGACGAGUCUGGCUUAGUGGACGCCUCCUCACUACGACGACAGAUUGUGAAGUUGAACCGGCGUCUGCAGCUGCUGGAGGAAGAAAACAAAGAACGCUCCAAGCGAGAGGUGAUCCUGUAUUCUGCUACGGUGGCGUUCUGGCUUAUUAAAACCUGGAUCUGGUUCCGUCGCUAAGAUUGGACAAGACUGAGUCUCCCAAAACACUGGAAGCCAAAGCAAUUCCUUCUUAAAGGUGCAACCAUUAAAAUACAGUAUGAGUCUGUACUACAUCUAAAGGCAAAUGUCCUGCACCACAAUGCUCUAUGUUUCUAUAGCAAACUCUAUAUCGGGAUUUCACUUACAAAUUUCGAACUGCGCUGUCAAGAUAAGACCUGAGGCAGUAAAACAUAACCAAAUUUUUAAAGACCGAUGAUAUACCUAUGUUUAGUUUAUAUACCCAACGUUACUAAAUUUCACAUUGGCUGGUAUUCACACCUGCAUAUCUGACUACAAACUGGCUUUGGCUGGGUACACCACCACUAGAAUUAGAGGUUAAGCUAAAGUUAGCAUAUCUCACAUUCAAUGAUUCAUCUGCGUAUUUCAUUCCUCUAUAAACUGGCAACAACAACUACCAAGACAAAGCACAAUGACACUACAGCUGGAUGUUUGCAAAAUGUUAGCACCUACUUCGAUGUUGGUGAGCUGAGGUUUUCUAUGUUGCAGCAGCAACAAACACUAGUUACCUUAUUUGGCUAAGUCUAGCUACAGCAUAGGUUGCUGUCUGACAAAUAUAAUGUGAACUCUGAAUCAGUGUUGAAGUCUGAAGUUUUCUCCACCUCUCAAAUACUGUACUGAUACAGAUAAUCUAGAAUAUGUGGGCCGGUUUAAAGUAGCAAAGGAGUGCCUGGUAUUAAUCAGCAAGAAUUGCAAAACCUCACUGAUAUAUUAUGGUUACUUUGUGCAAAUAUUACUGAAUGUACCUUUUUAUAGAGGAUCUGUUAUGCUUAUUUUCAGGUGCAUACCUGAAUUUUGGGUUUCUACUAGAACAUGUUUUCAUCCUUUAUGUUAAAAAAAA